AUGAAUUCAGCAGUUGAAUCAUAUGUUCACUGGGCUCAUUUCAACUAUGUUAUUAUAAAAGAAGGAAAAUAUUUGCUGGAGAUACUCCAUGAUGCUAAACACGGAAUUCCAAGGAAUCCUCGUGAUUUAUACUACAAACUUCAGCAAUUCAAAUCAUCCAAACCUUUUUCAAGCCUUCGGGGAAAGAAAGUUUUAAAUCAUAAGCAAUGGCAGAUGAUAUUUCCAACAAGCACAGACGAAAUAGAUUCGUCAAAGUUCGACGUAACUUUAAUUGUGCUUUUAAUUCAAUAUUGUACGACUAUUCCAGAGCCUAGAAAUGGGUGGAGACGCCCACCAAGCGAAGAUGAUUAUAGUAUGGGAGCAUGUUUAUUGAGAUUCAAGAACUACAGAAACAAACAAGUACAUAAUGGACACAUUGGAACUAAUUUAGUGGAGAUAGAAGAAGAUUGGAAAGAACUAUGUGACAUUUUAAAGGACUUAAAUCCAAACUUUAACAGCAUUAGUUAUCGUAAAUCUUUUGACAUGUUUGUUAAAGAAUCUAUGGGGGUGCUGCAUUGCAUGUGA